CCAGUGAUCCAGCCGCCCACCGGUCCCCCACACCCCACGCAGCUGCCGGCACCGCCCACCAUGGAGUCCAGAGGGAAGUCGGCCAGCAGCCCCAAGCCCGACACCAAGGCGCCCCAGGCCACCGCCGAGGCCAAGGUCCUGCCGGCAGCCGACGGGAAGGGGCCGUCGACCAGAGCCUCAAAGAAGGAGGCCCCGGCAGAAAAGGAGCAACCGGCAGCCCCGCCGACCGCACCGGCCAGAAAGGCCAAGGCAGACCCUGCCCUCCUGAACAACCACAGCAACCUGAAGCCGGCCCCCACGGCCCCCGGCAGUCCCGACGCGACCCCCGAGGCCAAGGGUCCUGGGGACGGGGCGGAGGAGGGCGAGGCUGCCAACAGGGGCUCCCCGGGCCGCCGCCCCUGGCCCUUCGAGAACUUGAACCCUCUGCUGGUGGCUGGGGGUGUGGCUGUGGCAGCCGUGGCCCUGAUUCUUGGUGUGGCCUUCCUGGCACGGAAAAAAUAAUGCCUGGGGCCCGGUGGGGGCAGGGGGCCAGGCCCUGUGCAGACCCCAGGGAGCGAGUGCAUGCAGUCCCCCAUCCACCCCCGCUGCGCACACCAUACGUGUACACACAUGUGCCCACCCAGCAGCCCCACCCCCAGGGCGGAGGGCGCGACCUCUGUGGCCCAUCUGGCCGGCCGUGUCAGUGGAAGCCGCUCAUGCGUGCCUGUUCCCAGAGGCUCGCGAGCCCGUGGCGCCCAGGGCUGGCCUCUGAUGUGCGGGUGGGGGACCGGGACGGGCCCUGGCUUGGCCCUCCCUGCGGGUGCGUUAAAGGGCAAGCUUGCUCCACUCUCCCCAUUUCUGCUCUUUGCGUGUCCCCGGGCCAGCGGUGGCCGUGGAGGUGGAGCCUGGGGCUGUGGGGGAGGGGUUCCCAAGCAUGGUGGCUUCCCCGCUCCAGGGGAGGCUUAGGCUGGCAGGGAGGUGGGGCAUGACCAGGCCGCCCCACGGCCGUGCUGCCCAGGCCCCAUAGACAUCCCCCCCCCCCGCUUGUGCCUCCCCGAGUCUAACCAGCGUAUAAAUGCAAUAACAGUUGGUAGUGUAGGGCUGCUUGGCAGAGACCGCGCAGUGGCCCAUGGUUCCGUCGCGCCCAGGGAGACCCAAGGUGUGUUCCCCCCACCCCCGGUGGCUGGUCCCCCUUGGCCUUGGCCGGCGGCAGCGGGCACUGCAGACGGGACCUGCCCUCACCUGGCCAGUAGCCACGGGACCCUGCGGGGUUGCGUCUGAAAUAAACCCUGUUGUCUAAAGGC